GUCAGUGAGGGUGGGUGAAAGUCGGCCGCGCAUGCGCACAGCUGUCACUUCCGCUAUCGGGGGGAUACCGGAGCGAUGACUGCCACACUUCGUCCAUACCUCUGCGCAGUCCGCUCCACGUUGGAGGUGGCAGUAUGCCUGGAAAAUUUCUCUUCUCAGGUUGUGGAGCGACAUAACAAGCCUGAAGUUGAAGUCAGGAGUAGCAAAGAGCUGCUGUUACAGCCAGUGAUUAUAAGUAGGAACGAAAAGGAAAAAGUUCUUAUUGAAGGAUCCAUUAACUCUGUGCGUGUCAGCAUUGCUGUAAAACAGGCUGAUGAAAUUGAAAAGAUCUUGUGCCAUAAAUUUAUGCGCUUCAUGAUGAUGAGAGCUGAAAACUUCUUCAUCUUGCGCCGAAAGCCUGUAGAGGGAUACGAUAUCAGCUUCCUGAUCACAAACUUCCAUACGGAGCAGAUGUACAAACACAAGCUGGUUGACUUUGUGAUCCAUUUCAUGGAAGAGAUUGAUAAGGAGAUCAGCGAGAUGAAAUUGUCCGUGAACGCAAGAGCUCGUAUCGUUGCUGAGGAAUUCCUUAAGAAUUUUUAAAGAUUGUGGGAUGCUCUGCAGGAUGUGACUUCCUCGUCUCGCCCAUGGAUCUCUGCAUCACUGCUGAAAAAGUCUGGGCGGGGAGUAAUGGGGGGGGGGGGGGGCUUGCAAUUAAAGUGCGGUAUAGAGAGGCAGUGAUUGUUCGUCAGGGAGACCUCUGGGGGAAAUGUUUAUGGCAUUUACCUUCAUUCCAAUAUCCCCCACAGGAUGGGACAGAAUAUUUUUAUUGUUUAUUUUGAGAGAAAUGUUGUACUUGUCUGAUUCUGUAUUCACUUUCUUUUUUUUUUUUAAGUCAUUACUGAAUUUAUUUUUACAUUUCUUUUCUGAUAUAUAUUUGCAAAAUUUCCAGUAACGUCAUUGCUGUUCACAAUGGGAACAUGGGUGAUAAAGGCAUUUGUUGCAAGCAGCUUGCCUUUUUUUCUUUCCCUUCCUCCCUGCAAAAUGAUAUAUAAUUUAAUUGUUUUCCCCCCACAAAAUAAAUUCUGACAAGGAUUGAAUGAACAGAAAAUUGGUGAGGGCUUUGAGUUUCGACAGAAUUCACAGCAGUUCUCUUGCACACUAAGCUUUUGAUCUGUUCGCUUUGUUAUACAAUGUUUGUAACUAAAACAUGGACUUACCUACAAAUAAAAAAUAAACAAACAAGACUGCCAUCAUGUCCAGAGGUACUGUAAUAAGAGCAAGAUUCAUUUGCUAUAAUGAAAAUAUGGCUAUCGGCAAGCUAAAUUGUUUCAACGGGUGAUAUUGAGCCUUCUGCUCUGAAAAAGUUGUGGAGACAUCUUUUGGUUUUCUUUCAGCAUCCUAUGGUUAGUCCCAGAACUUUAAGACAGAGUUUUGUAAUUAAUUCUUAAAGGUUUACAUAAGGUCAACUUCCAUGUUGUUAUGGGAAUUGGGAUACUGUAAAAUUAUGUUUUGCUUUAUUUUUAUUUUUUUCCCCCUCUUUUUCUUGCACUUAACUCUAUAAAAACUUUUUUCCUGUUUAAAAAUAAAGACUUUUUUUGUCCUGUC